AUGUCGUCGUUGUUGGAUCGUUUCCGUAGUUCAUAAAAGCGUGUUCGGCCCUCUGUGCGCAUACCGGGUUCAAGUCCAAUUUUCUCACCUCCUUCCUCUUUUGUUUCAUUCUUCGGCUCCACCGGUGUUGUUUUUGUUAGUUUUGUUCUUCUCGUGUCCCGCAAACGUGUAUUCCCGUCGCGAUACCUGUGUGAAGAAGCAACAGCACCAGCAGCAGCAGUAAAAGUGCCUCGGAGAGCAUUUUGAAGAUGUGUUUGUUCUGAAGACUGCCUGUGCCACUAGCAGCAACAGCAGCAGCAGCAGCGAAACAACGGGUGAAGUUCUGACGAAAUUCGCGAUCGCGCUGCAGAUGAUCCACAACGCGUUGGUGUAGGUGGUGGUGAUUUGCAUCUGACUUUGGUUGGUAGCUAGUGGUAUUCAGAACUAGAAUUCGGUGGUCUGUCCUGUUUUUCGGUUCGAGUGGUGUAGUGACAAAGAGAAAUUCCUUCGUCAAGUGAUUCGGCAACAACAGGAAAAAAUAAAAAAAAAGAAAUGAAAUCGGUUUGCGAUCAAACGGGGAAGUGAAGCAAAAGUGCCACCACCAAGAAUGUGAAUCGAUCGCAGUGUGUGGACGAAUUCCUUCCAGUGGACGCGCUCUUGGUGCAAUGUGUGGCAUGUCAUUGCCGGCCACUUGAUGUCCGGCCACAUCGUAUAUAUGGCAGUUUUUGUUUCAUGAUUUGUUUUGCUGUAACAUACUUAAGUGGAUGAAUGUCGAUGGAAAUAUAGUGCAGAAGAAGAAAGGAAGCAGAAACAAAGGCCGAACGUGUCGAAUAUAUGCAGUGCAGUGCUGUUUCAAUUAGUGGUAUCGAUCAAUGAGCAACGAAAGGUGUGUGUAAAUAAAUGUAUCAAUAACUUGUUCCGUAUGCAUUUAGAAGCAGCAGCAACAGAGCUCAGCGCAGCCGGUCGACGCGAGGUGUGAAAAAUUCUCAAACAAUUUGCGCCAGGCGUGGUUGAGUGGAUGUUUAUUAAUUUUUUUAUGGAACCAUGUGUUUUGCGCGAUGAUGUCGACAAUAUAUGAUGGAGAACUCGCUAAAGUGGAUCACUCAAGAAGCAGCCUUCAAUUGCUGAAAACAAUAAACCCGUGUGGAUAAUCAUCAAUCGCGGAUGAGAAUUGAGUUGGGCGGUUGAUUACCUUUGGGCUGUCGAACCUACGGUACGGGUGAAGAAUUUAUCGCAUCUAUCGUAUCGAGUGCUUUGUGUCGUAUCGGUUUGAUCUACCCGGGAAAGAGUGCCUCCGGCCCCGCAGGAACUGACUUCACCGGAGAAUUGUGUCAGAAUUGUGCGAAUUGUGUUCGCUGCCAAUUAUGCGAAAGUUGGUUCGAGUCUGAAGCUUUUGGCAUACACAUGUGUAUCGAGAGUGUAAUUAAUUCUCAAUCAAAAAAGCAGUAGCAAAAUAGAAGAGCAAAAAAAAUAUAUGAGGAGAAGGCAAACAAUUAAUAACCAAUGCUCGUCGAGGGGAAAUAAAUGGUGCACCGUAGGAAUUAUACAGCAUUAACAGAAUAAAUUUAUCAUCAUCGAACACAAGAGGAAGAGAGUGCAAAACGUUUAUCCGGGCGCGUUACGAAUCGGAAGAAGAGUGGUAAAACACUUUCAGGAAAAGUGCAGGUUUUCAGCUAAAAUCACACUGCUGUCCUUCCUCAACCUUCCAAGGCCCCGCCAUUAGGACGCGACUCCUCUCGGCAAUACAAUAAGAUGGAAAUUGAUAUGUUAUUGUUAGCUUAUGUCCAUUCAUGCAAGUCAGCUGGGAGCAUCUUGUUCGGGAGAAACAACAACGGCAAUUGUUAUUGCAGCAUCAAUACCUAGAAAGUGUUGUUUUUGAUGGAGAGCAGCAUCAAUCUCCGGGGGGCAACCAGACCACUCUUUUUUUUUUGCAUAAUUAACGCUGAAUCGACGGCAAGAUUUGAUUUAAUUAAAAAUACUCUCGUCGACACCUCCACCCACCCCCCGCUCGAAACAAUAGGCACACACCGGCUGCUCAGUUCGUGUUCCUCGUUGCUGUGAGCGGUGUGUGUGUGUAUGUGAGUGUGGGAGGCACAAUUAUCGCCAUCGCGGCAACGAACAAAGUCGCGUGUCUUUCCGGAGCGCCACCCGCAGAAGCAGUGAGCGAAACCCAAGGGGGAGAAGGGUGCCUGAGAGAUCUCGAAACUGUUUCUUGGGGUGCAAAAAAAUUAUAAUAAUAAAAUACGCGAAACAAUAAGAUCGGUUGAAUCUAUAUUGUGAGAAGAAGCCGUCUCGGAGAAAGCAACGAAAAAUGCUUCCCUUUGUGCAAUCAGCUCAAGCCUUUGCGAGUAAAUGGCGUGAUUUUUUAUAGAUUUUCUCGGGUUAUUUUAUGCAUAUUUGUGGGUGUUUUUUCUGUAGAGUAUACUGAAUCAGUGCGGCGGGAGCCUUCUUCUGUGUGCGUUUCGUGUGUAGUGUUUGCGCGUAUGUGGGUAUUAAGCUAACAAUGGAUCGGGUCAGUGUGAACAGCGGAGCGGCUAGCGUCGGUGGGAACUCCGCUACGGCGGCUACCAGCGGCUCCGGUGCCACCGUCAAUGGCAGCAAUUCAGCGAGUGUUGGUAACAUUGCCAUCACUUCGUCACACAAUAAUAAUAGUGCUGCUAAUAUUGGCAGCUGCAGUAACAACAACAGUGGUAGCUGUAGUAAUAAUAAUAACAGCAGCAGCGGCAGCAACAACAACAUCAACAGCAAUGGUAAAAACAAUAGUGUGAAGUUGCGUCCUGAUCGCAAUGGUACCGCUAUUGAUGGGUCAACAACAUCACCGCUUCUGGUACCGUCUAGCCAUCGGAGGUCAUUUCACCGUUUCGGACCUGGCAGUGCGAGCGCCACUUCGGAUUACAGCAUGUCAACGUUGGCCGAAUCGAUAGAGGAUGAUCAUCUGAAUAACAACAGCGGUGGCGGCAGUCCAGCGAACAACACCGGUGGCACUAGUGGUGGUGGUAAAACCAUGCUCCAGCACCAGCACUCCAACGGUGGCAGCUCGAUGCAGCAAACAGGUCUACCCAGCAGUGGCCACAACACUCCAGGGCUGCCCGGAUUGCUGCUGGGCGGCCAGAACAACAGCAGUCUGACCCAGGCCGGGCUGGAGGAGUACAGCAGGUCGUACUACGAGCAGACCAUGUACCACCACCAGAAGCAGUCUUCGUACGCGCAGUCCGAAGGCUACCACAGUUACGUCUCCAGUUCGGAUUCCAGCUCGACGCCAUUUCUCGAUCGACUACGCCAGGACAGUGAGCUGCUGCUAUCCCGUUCGACGCACAACUGGUCCCAGCAGGAUCUCCAGUUGUCCUCGUCGAAUAACAGCAUAGCCGACAACAACAGUUCCGAGAGCACCUCCUCGACGGAAACGCUCAAAUGGCUCGGGUCGAUGAGCGAUGUUUCCGAGGCAAGCCAUGCGACCAGCAUGUCCGCAUUAUCUAGUGCUGGUUCCACUUCACAGCUGAUCGCGCACAGUUCGCGAGUUCGAACGCCACAGCGUCACAACUCCGAGAGCAUCCUUUUCAUGUCGACCGACGAACAGCAGCAACAGCAGCUUCAGCAUCAGUCCGUUCACAGUCAACAGUCACCACUGCAAGGAGUGGCACAGAUCGGGAGCCUAAUGUCCCAGUCGAUGGGAUCGCUCCAUCCUCACCACCAUCACCACCCGCUGGGGCACCCGACGAACGCCCAAACUCCCUCUCCGAACGGAUCGAUCCAAUCGUCGCAGCAUCCACAGCACCGCGGCAGCUCGUCCAGUUCGUCCGGUGGAUCUCCGGUCGAGGAGGAUCUGCGCUUCCAGCAGAGAACUCUGUCCAACACAUCGCUCGCUUCGUCUGCAUCGGCACCACCGCCGAGCAACGGCGGUUCGGUCCGAUCUAGUCGCAGCAAUAAUCGGCUGUUUCCUAUCAGCACCUACACCGAGAUUCCUAGCAACGUUAGCAGUAGUAACAGUAACAGUAGCAAUAACAUUAGUAACGGUAACAGUGGCCACACCGGCACGGCAUUGACCCCAACGUCCGGUGGAGCGAGCCUGGUUGAUAGUUCCAAACAACUCAGUCCUCACAACUGGCAAUCGGUGGCGGAACGUAUCAACGAGUUGGAGAAACAUCAACAUCAGGGUCUUCCGUUGCUCAACAACAGCAACAGCAAUAGCGGCAAUACUAGCGCCAACUCCUCAUCCGCUACGAUUGGUGCCAAAAAUCUAAGUCAAUCCGCAGCUAAGCAGCAGCAACAACAGCAGCUACAAAAGUAUACGUAUUUUGAUCCAUCCAAAACCCACAGGGUUUCAAACCCUUCGCUAAAAGCGUUCCAGAAAAACGCUGUGAUAUCCUACUUCGAGCGACAGCAAGCCUACGCGCGUGGGAGCUGUCAUAAUCUGUCCAGGCCAACAACACUAAACUUACAGCAGCAGCAGCAGCAGCAACAACAGUCCCAAUCAGGCUCACCGCCCUCAAUGAAAUCGACCUCGCAGCGAUCAUCGAUUUCCAGCGCGUAUUCCUCCUCCGGGAGCACAACGGACCUUACUCCAUCCUCGCAUUCCCCAAUCGGGGGCAAUUAUCAUCACCAUCCCAGUUUGCACUCGCCGGCCAACAUCGCCGCCCAGCAGCGGCUGGACAAAAUCGCUGCCAACAAUCUCCGCAAUCAGCUGGCGUCCGUCCACACGAUGAACUUUCUGAAUAGAGUUUCACCAUCGCAAACAACCGCCCAGCUGAUCGAGUCGCAAAUGAUCAGCAACGCGACACUGAUCCUCAGCGGGAGCCCAGGAACUGCUGCUGCUGCUGCUGCCAACGAUGGACAGAUGCAGUGCAGUCCCCAAACAACACCACCAUCAGAGGACCCAUCGGUGGAUGCUAAUAAUAUGUCUCCUCCGCCACCUCCGCCGCCACGAUCAAGAUCAAUCGGAGCGCCGAGCUUCAACAACAGUGCCGCUACGAUGGCGACAGCAAGUUUGCACGCCACCCAUCUAACGGCGGCAGUCCGCAGGACCUCCUCCGCCUCGGAAUACUCCUCGAUUCGUGACAAAAUGAUCCAACAACGACAGCAGCUUUCGAAAGAUCUCCUUGGCCCAAUGAUCAUGGGUCCAAUUAUCGCCCUCGACGACUGGGUCCCAGAGCGACCCCCGAAAAAUCCCAUGCUCCGAAUACCAAGCCCAGAGCUGCCACCGCCACCUCCACUGAUGAGCCCAACCGAAGACGUAAUACUCACCAACCAAGACGAGCCGUUGCCUCCUCCCCCACCGGAGAUUCUUCGCCACAUUCGUCAACUCAGUGAUUCUGGUGAGCCCAAAUCGAACGCUGCCAGCCGACGUAACAGUUUCGCGGGUCAAUCCUGCAGAAAAACCCUCUACCGAGCGUCCACAUUUGAAAACCUAUCGCCACCACCUCCCCCACCACUGAAUGUGUCUCCGCCUACACAACAACCACAAACUCAAAUCAGUCAGCUUAUCAUCCCGCCUGCCGUUCCCAAGAAACCCCAACCGACGGCGACGACGAUCGACCCCAACCAAGUGAUCUACCGACGACCCUCGUCGAGUCUGUCGAAUCAACAUCCACCCGCAAACGCUAUGCACACGCGCGUCCUGACGAACGGCAAACCGGACCAGCAGCAGCAGCGACACUCGCUCCCAAUGAUGACGGCGCUACCCCUCCAAUCGCCCCCGCAUUUGCAGCAACCAGCGCUGCCUCCGCAAUUCCUCCCGCCGCGCCAAUCCGACUCACGCAUUUCACUGCGAAAGCGGUCUCACAACACAACCCAACAGCAAAUGGCGGAAUAUCUGCUGAAAGCGGCGCAUCAUUUCAACAACAACAACUGUCAAAUUGUUCCCGCGUCCGGAGAAGCGUUGACGAGCACAACGAUAACGCCUCCGCCGUUGCCCCUGAAGCCAAGGAUGUCGAUUCUAUCGCAGCAGCAGCAGCAGCAACAGGCUGCUCCAGUACCAGCAGCAGCGUUGGAUGUCAGUCAUAACGGACAGCAGCUUAUCACCAACAUGGGCAGCAAAAGGAGCAAUUCCAAGGCAUCAUACCUGCCGCGUCAGCCGCGGGACAAACUCCACUCUGAUCCGGACCACGGCAGCUACAAGCUUACGCUAACUUCCAACGAGGAUAGCAUCAACCACAAUGACGUGUUUUCGGAAGACAUCAUCACCUCGCCCAAGUGCAAUCUGCCGGAUGUGCUGCCUCCUGGGGUUAAAUACUCGCUAUACUCCAACAACAACAACAACAACAACAACAACAACAACAACAAUAAUAACAACAACAACAGCAACAACACUAAUGGAAAACCAAUCGGCAAACCGUCGAAAACGAUACCCCACUCCGCGCCAAUCAUUUCAGCCAACAGUCUGAAAUCGAUGUUCAACUUUGCGCCCCAGCAGCCGCAACAAAAUCAGGUUACUCCACCGAGUGCCUCCUCGCCAGUGACCCCACCGCCGGCAUACACUGCAUCCUCCAAACAGCCCAUAUCGCAGCCAGGAAGUCCAACGAAUCAAGCAAUCAGCCCCAAGUACACUUCCCAGUCUACGUUCGAUCUGAAGAAGACGCAAAUUCUCGACUCGAAAUAUUUAACUCAAAGCCCGCCCCAAAUCGGCCUGCCGCAACCAAUACCAGCAAAUGCCCAACAGCAGCAGUCGAAUGGAGCGAUCAGUAAUGCCAAUUAUCUUAAUCAUCAGCAGCAGCAACAACAGCACAGCACCAACAACAAUAUCUGCAAUCAGCAAACUGUAAAUAAUUGUAAUGAAAUUUCCGAAAAAUCCGAUUUCUUUGAGCCAAGCAAUAACAGCACAAGUACAAGCACCGUUGAGCCGGUGGAACCAAACCACAACAAUAAAAACAACAGUGGCGCGAGUAGCACUCACACGACCACCAUCGGAAACGCUCACUCGCCGCCGCCGCCACCGACGCCUCUGUCAGCACACGACGGGUUUUCGCCCAAAGAGGAAGAAGAUUCGAUCAGUAGCUGCAAUACCACAAUCUGUGCGGAAGCAGAGCAACCUGUGCAAACCACGUGCAAUAGCAAAGUGAUCGCUGCCGUCGCCACCGAAGAACCGAUUGCUCCUUCCGUCGCGCUAGAACGUGUAACCAAGGAGAUUAGUCUGGAACCGGUAUCGGAUAUCGGCACCAGCAGCGAAAUAAAACCGAUCCCCACAAAGGUAGUGCAGCGGACGGAAAUCGUGCUCCGAGUGGCGGCUCCCACAACGGAAGCCUCCUCCCAAACGGAUGACAAUUUGGUGGUGGUAGUCGGUGACAGCAGCAGCCCGCGCAGUCCCGGACCAACAACAUCUCGGCCACCUUCCUCGCCCAGUCUUUCGAUUGGCAUCGCGGAACUAGUGAUAGAUCACAAUCCGGCGACGACCGGCGGCGUAUCUGGAGUUGCCAUCAGCAGGCAUACCGUCGCCACCUCGACCUCAUCGUCUCCGCCGAGCACCCCGACUGGCGGAAACAAAACGUUCAGCAGCAAGAUCUGCGCCGUAGCUCCCCGGAAGGUGCACCCGGAGGAAAUCGACUGUGAUAAACUAUCGCACGAUCUGAUCAGCCAGCUGUCGCCCUCGGAUAAGCUGCACACCAUACUGGCUCCCAAAACCUUCAAAUCGUCCUCAGAUUAUGUUUCCGAUCUGUUCAACAUUCAAAUAGCACCCCGACCAAUGAAGAAGGAUGCAUCGACCGCAACCCCGGAGGCAAGCCCCCAAAAAAGCCCGCUCGACAUUCUGACGACCAGUUCCACCUACUUCCAAGUUUCCGAGCCGAAGGCGAAGCUGAUGACUCGCUACAGCCGCGAAAUGACGCUGAUUAACGGCGAUUGCUGUGAUCUGACCAAGAAGAAGGAGGAGCUAGUCCAGCGUCUUGGCAAAAAAUUACUAGUCCUAUCGAACGAACAGACGAGCAUCGCCGAGGAGAGCAACGCGAACGACCUGCUCGGUAACGAUGUUGCCCUCAAGGUGGCCCAGAAAGUGCGGCCCACGGACGCAUCCAAGUUCCGUUCGUACGUCGACGACGUCGGCUACAUCACCAUGCUGCUGUUGUCGCUGUCCGGUCGGUUGGCCAGAACGGAUAACGCCCUGUACAACAUCGAUGAUUCGCAUCCGGAUAAGAAGAUCCUCGAAGCCAAACGCGAGCGCCUGCUGGAACAGCUGGACGAAGCGAAACAGCUUAAGGAUGACAUCGAUCGGCGAGGUGCAAUCAUCUCCAAGUUGUUGGAAAAAUCGCUAACCAUCGAAGAGUAUGCGGAUUAUGAUUACUUCAUUAACAUGAAGGCGAAGCUGAUUGUGGAUUCGCGCGAGAUUGCGGACAAAAUCAAGCUCGGCGAGGAACAGCUGGCCGCCCUGAAGGACACCCUGGUGCAGAGCGAAUGUUGACCGGCAGCUGCUGUGAGGUCUCCGCGUCUCAUUUCUGUAAAAAGUUUAUACUCUAGCUAGUAGCUUAGUUUUAUGUUUUGUGUCUCUAGGUUGUAAGGAAGUGUGUGUGGAGUUCAAGAGAUAGCUCUCUUGAAGCGAAGUUGCGCGAGUAGAGAUACAAAAAAUAUCGACCGGCUGUUGAGUAGGAAUAAAUUUAAUUUGAAAGUAUCUUAUGAAGAGAACAAUCAUAUAGGGAACAAUUCGCUAAGCAACGAGAAGCUGAUAUGAUGCAGCACUCGUACUUUGUAAAUUUUUGUAAAUUAUGACGAACUGUUUCAUGCUUCGUUAAUUUGUAGGAUAGUUUUUUUGUUGUUGUUAAAAACAAAAGUUUAGGCCAAAAAUCAAAAAUUCACGAAACGCCCGUUUGCUCUACUAAUCUGUCCAAUUAUAUUAUUUCGUAUGUGUGUUAACCCAUUGAUCGCCCCCACUUUUUGUUACCUGUAUAUUAAGGCAAAAAGUUCUUGCAUUUCAACGUGUGAUGUUGAGAUUCAAAGAGUUUUUCAGUGCACCACCCCGUUUGUGUUUUGUUUCCCAUCGCACCACCUUUCAGUUCUCCCCCUCCGCUUGGUAUUGUCCAGCAUUAUUGUUUCCCCCCGAUCCCUUCCCAAGUUUUUUCGUGUGCGCAGUGCCUUAGUCUUAACGAUUGUACUUACGUUUUAGUCACCUAAACCAAAUGCGAAAUUUGGUUGAAAAGUGUGUAGCCGCUUUUACGUUUGUGUGGGUUUGUUCCUUCGGAUCGUUAUUUGAAGGGACAAGCCUCAAAACUAACCGAUUCCUGAGCCUAUUUUUCCCCUGCCUGCUGAUAAUAACAACCAUCGAUUUGAUUAGUUUAGUUACAUUCUACAUACAAUAAUAACAAGCACAAAUUUACGUAUCUUUGUGUGCUUCUGCAGCUUCCAGAAACGAACAGUAAAAGCCUACACCAAAAAGGGGCCCAUUUUGUUCUAUGUCGCUAGGUGCUUAACAAUUUACAGACACUACCAACUGUUCGAAGACGAUUGAUUAGCUGGCAUUUUAUAUUCGCAUUGUUUAGUUAGGGAAUUUUUCCUCUAUUGUCGAGGGACAGGUGGACUGCAAUUAUCAGUGAAUUGAAUGUGUAUUUACCUAAAAAAUAAGGCAACUUUUCGUCGUAUGUAUGUUAUAUGUUCUUGGUAUUGUAACUCCUUUGUGUACUAUUUGCGUAGUCCAUUUACUGUCCUUAUUAGUGUCGUAGUUAGUGUACUUCCUCGUAUUAUUAUUAUUACUAUCAUUAUCAUUUAGUGAAUGUGUUUCUUUCCGUAGAUAUCGCAAACAAGCAGCAAAUCAAAAACCAUGGAAGAAAUCCGAAGAAAUUAUUGUGAUUUUACUCUGAAGAAAACAACUACUAUUUACAAUUUUACUCGUAUUCGUAGGGAAUAGUGAUUACAUGUGUCUCUUCUCUUUUCAAUGUGUGCAAAUAUCUUUAAUCGUAACAUCUCUUACGUUGCAAAAAGACAUGUAUGUGAAAACAGGUCUUCUACGCGCUAUACUUAACAUAGUUUUCACUGUGAAAAGUAAAAAAUAAAAAUAAUUGCUUGAAAAACAAAA